AUAGCUAGAGGUGAAUGGUUUCGCUCAAGCCUAUGCUUACAUAACUCUCCCCUUUUUCUUCCCCACCUUGCCUUCUUGCCCUUUAAAGCCAGGAUUUUUCAAAGGACUCAGUUCUCAGACUUCGGGAGAAGCCAGUGUCUACAAAAGAAUUGUGACGGGUUUCCUGGGGAAGUGCUCUGAUAAGAGGAGGCUUUGAUACCAGCCUGACUGAAUUAACUUCAUACAGGAAGAUGAAAGAAAACUUGUCAUGGCUGCGGUUCUUGUUUUGCUGGGAGUCUUUUGGACUCAGACUUCUGCAUUGGAUACUUUUGUCCUGCAAGAACCUGGCAAUGCCUACGUCACUGGAACUAUGACUAUUCACAAUGAGAAACACAUUGUUGAAGUUCAUGUCCGUUCUGGCGUGUAUUCCUCUGAUACCAUUUUUGACUACUCGCAUGGGUAUAUUGCAACAAGGUUAUUUUCACGAAAUGCCUGCUUUAUCAUGAAAAUAAAUAAGGAAUACAUCCCAGAGCUGCAAGAAAUUGGACGCCUGGCUUUUGAGAGAAAGACUAUGGAGAAAGUAUACUCUCCAAAUAUUGUGUGGGUACAGUUUCGAUCUGGCCAUUCCAUGCUUGGGAGUUUCAAAGACUGGCUUCUCUAUGGUAGACCCAUUGAACAGCUCUGCACAGGUCUGCCUCUCUACCAGCUUGCAGAGACUCAACCACUAAUGAAUCUUCGUCACUGUAGCAAUGCAGGAAUUCCAAGCAUUUUGGGCAUUAAAAUCUGUGAAAAUCACAGUUAGGCUGGAUCUUGCUGCAUGGAAAUGGUUUGUUUCUUUGUAUGCUUUUGUGAUGGUAGCCAUGUUC